UUCCAAGUUCUUCAUCCCUUUCAUAUCUCACACUACUCGCUGAUUGAAGAUGGCGAAUGAUCAGACGACGGUGCGUUUUGGUAUUAUCGGUUGCGCUCAAAUCGCCAUCAAGCUUUGCAAAGCCAUAAGCCGAGCCCCAAACGCGACACUGGUGGCCAUAGGGAGUCGUUCGGUGGAGAAGGCUUCGAAAUUCGCCGGCGAUAACGGGUUGCCGGAGACGGUGAGGGUGUACGGAAGCUAUGAGGAAGUGUUGGAGGAUGGUGAGGUGGACGCGGUGUACGUGCCACUUCCAACGGCGCUGCAUGUGAAGUGGGCGGUGAUGGCGGCGGAGAAGCGGAAACACGUGCUGCUGGAGAAGCCGGUGGCGAUGAACGUGUCGGAGAUCGACCGGAUUCUGGAAGCCUGCGAGGCUAACGGCGUACAGUUCAUGGACGGCACCAUGUGGAUGCACCAUCCAAGAACGCAGAAGAUGAAGGAGGUUCUGUCUGAUACGCAGCGUUUUGGUCAACUUCAAUUGGUUCACAGCUGCGUGGCGUACAAUCCUGGUCCACAAUUUCUGACUCACAACAUCAGAGUGAAGCCCGAGCUGGAUGGCCUCGGAGCCCUAGGCGACGUCGGUUGGUAUUGCAUCCGGGCUAUCCUUUGGGCCGUCGACUUCCAGCUCCCAACCUCCGUCCUCGCACUCCCCGGCACCGUCCACAACGACGCCGGAGUCAUCCUCUCAUGCGGCGCCUCCUUGCACUGGGCCGACGGCAGACUAGCCACCUUCCACUGUUCCUUCCUCUCCUACCUAAGCUUUGACCUCACGGCUCUGGGCACCAAAGGCUGCCUUCGGCUCCACGACUUCAUCGUCCCGUUCGACGAGAACUUCGGGUACGGGUCCUUCUGGGAGGCGUCGCAGGUGGACUUCGCGAAGCAGGGCGAUAAGAGGUGGUGCUCGGAGCCGAAUCAGCAUAAGGUUGAAAGUGAGGAGGCUCAGGAGGUGUUGAUGGUGGCGGAGUUCAGUCGGCUAGUGGAGGCGGUGGAGAGAGGAGGAGGGAAGCCGGAGAAGAGCUGGGGGGUGGUGAGUAGGAAGACUCAGGUGGUGGUGGAUGCUGUGAGGGAGUCCAUUGAAAGAGGCUACAAGACUGUUGAACUCAUUACCGGUAAGUCAGCUAGUUAGUUAGGAUAUGGUUGGAUUAAUGUGUGUGUACAAAGACAAUAAUUUUGGUUUAUGAGCUUGUUAUAACUAGCUAUAUCGGUUUGAGGAUUAUUUCUUCAUCAGCUAUCAAUUAUAUACUCUCAUACUUGUGCUUGAUAUUAUUCAUAAUGAUAGGGUAGCAGGUAAAGUGGACUGAGGUA